AUGUUAUUCUUUCGUGAUAAGUUUAUCGUUAUCGCAUAUGUCCGUUAUAUUAAAAAUCGUAUUUAUAUAAACGCAUUAACGAAAUUAAAAACCACCGCGCAUGGGCUCCGUAACAUGAGUGUAGCCAGCAUGUCCGUUCAAACACGCCAAAUUAGCAUUGCCGCUAGGUACAAUGUUCUUCUUACAAAGUACCCGCUAUUAACCAAGAUGGUAACUGGUGCAGUGCUCAGUGCGCUAAGUGAACUUGUAAGUCAAUUCACUACUGCAUCGAAAACACAAGAUAAGGAUGAGAAGCAACUGAGUAUCUUGCAGAAGUUGGCGAGUGCCUUGCAGAAGCCACGUUAUCGGAAGCUCCUCUCGAUGUUCUUGUACGGAGGUCUUGUUAACGCUCCGAUCAAUCACUUCUGUUACGGCUGGAUAACCCGCUUCACGAGUCGCAACGUGGCCCCAAAAUGGAAACGCAUGGCCCAGUUAUGCGGCUCCUGGUUUAUUGUGAGUCCUGUUCAGGUGUUUUUCCUUGUCAUCGCCCUUACGCUGGUCAACUUAGAUCAGGGUGCUUCUAAGCUGUCUCAAAAGCUAGACGCAGUGAAGUCCAGCCUCCGGAGUAAAUAUGGACCAAUGCUAUCGAGCAGUGUGAUAAGUGCCACUGCAUUUGUGUCUAUUGCACAACAGUUCAUCGCACCAGAGAAGUGGUCGGUAUUCUUCAGUUUUGCGUAUGCUGCUUUGAACACGGGCCAGAACAUAUACUUAAAACGAGGUGCCAAGGACAGUAGCAAAGAACGCGCAGAGUAA